AAAGAAGAAAAUAAAAAUGGUACUAUUAUUUUAAAUGUUCGCGGUUAUACCCUCGAAUUCAUUUGUUUAGUUUACGCGAACAACACAACACCAUCAACUCGGAGUUGUUCAUCAUCCUCUUCUCUUCAUCCACCGGCUUUGGAUCCCUCCCGCACAUCAAUGUUAACAAUCCACUCAGAUUCUCUUUGAUCGGAUGCAUCUUAUGGGUUUUGAACCUAUGAUUCCUCAUCAAUAUUAUUUUUAGAGGGAGAGAAGGUGCCAAUUCUGAUCAUCAAGGAAAUUAGUCAUGCCCCCUUCUAGGAAAUCUCGAAGUGUAAAUAAGAGGUUUUCUAAUGUUCGGGAGGCUGCAUCUAAUAAAGAUAAAAUUGCAGAGAAUGCUAGCAAGAAUAAGCAGAAGGCAAGUCCUGGUAUUCAGAAGAAGAGAAAAUUAGCUGACAUGUUAGGGCCACAAUGGAGUAAGGAGGAGCUUGAGCUUUUCUAUGAAGCUUACCGUAAAUAUGGGAAAGAUUGGAAGAAGGUUGCUCUUGCAGUACGUAAUAGAUCUGUGGAAAUGGUAGAAGCACUGUACACUAUGAACAGGGCAUACUUAUCUCUUCCAGAGGGUACUGCUUCUGUUGUUGGACUGAUAGCAAUGAUGACAGAUCAUUAUAGUGUACUGGGAGGAAGUGACAGUGGAAAAGAAAGCAAUGACGAUGCAGAAAUAGCUAAAAGGUCCCAAAAACGUUUGCGGGGAAAGCAGCUAAAUGACAAUAAAGCAUUAGAUGGACACUUUUCAGAUCAUUCUCAGUCACAUUCUGUUGCAUCAGGUGAUGGUUGCUUGUCAUUGUUGAAGAAGAGGCAUUCUGGAAUUAAGCCUCAUGCUGUAAGGAAAAGGACUCCCCGUGUCCCUAUUUCUUAUUCUAUUGGUAAAGAUAAUGGGGAGAAGUUUUUUUCAUCUGUCAGGCAGAGCUCUAAACAAAUGCUUGAUACUAAUGAUGUUGCUCAUAAGAUUGCAUUAGCAUUAACAGAGGCUUCACAAAGAGGUGGCUCUUCAAAAAUUUCUGGAUCACCAGACAAGAAAAGCAUUCCUUCACCAGGUCUGAAAAGUGGGAAGCGUGCUAAAUCAGAAAUAGCUGGAGGCAAGUUUUGCAAUUCUGACUUGGAUGAUGGUAGUUCUGAGUUGAGUUUAGGAAGCACAGAAGGCGAUAAUGGGGAUUAUUCUAGAAAAACAAUUCAUCAGAGCGGUAGAGGAAAUACUGGAAGAGGAAGGAAUCAGGAAAAGAGAAUAAAACAAUAUGGAAAGAAUUUAGAACCAGAGGAAAAUUUAAAUAAGCAUUUGAAUGACAUAAAGGAAGCUUCCAGUGGGACAGAUGAUGGUAAAAAUCCAAGUUUUAUCAAAUCCAAUUUUGACACAGAUUUUUCUUAUGCAAAAAAUGCAAGGUCCUCUUACAAAGGUUCCAGGAAGAACAGUAAAAAUCUACAGAUUGAGAAAGAUGAAGGUUCUGCUUUUGAUGCCCUGAAAGCUUUGGCUGAUCUGUCUUUGAUGCUGCCAAUAACAAACCCUUACACCGAGUCAUCUGCCCACCUCAAGGAAGGAAACCAUGAUGUUGUUGAUGAAUCUAAAAUGGAAACACAUAAUGUAUUUCCUAGGAUCAAAACCACUGCUUCUAGUAAAUUGAGCAAGGCUUUUUCUGAUAAUGGAGCUGCUGUUCCUGAAGCAGAGGGAGAACAACAGCUUAAUGCAGGAUUCAGGAAAAGGAAACAAAAAUCGUUUACCCUGAAAAAUGAUGAAACUCAUACUGGUUCUCAGUUAAGUGGUUCCCAGAAAACCAAGGCUGCUGAUGAGGUGAAGAAAUCCAUGGUUAAAGGUAAGCGGUCAUCUGUUAGUACAGCACAUUCAAGACUACUGAAAAUGGUGAAAUCCCCAGGAAAUAUGUCUUCAAGCACUAAUGACAAAGGGGAAAGGGAUGAUUCAUCUUUUUCACCCAUGAAGGUUUCGUCUACUAACCCAGUCAGUCAAGUAAACAGAGGAAGGCCAAGAAGAAAGAUGGAAAAACCAAAACCAAUGGCACAACAAGAUUCGCUGGUUUGUGGAAAUAUUUUUAGUAGUCAACAUAAUAAAUCCAUUACUUCACUCGAAGAUAACUCUUCUAUUCACAAGGGAAAGCUUAUUAAUUGUUUGUCUUCAUAUCAAACACGGCGAUGGUGCACUUUUGAGUGGUUUUAUAGUGCUAUUGAUUAUCCAUGGUUUUCAAAGCGAGAGUUUGUGGAAUAUUUAGACCAUGUUGGAUUGGGUCAUGUUCCCAGAUUGACUCGUAUUGAGUGGGGAGUUAUUAGAAGUUCUCUUGGCAGACCACGGAGAUUUUCAGAGCAAUUUUUGAUAGAAGAAAAACAUAAACUUAAUCAAUACCGGGAAUCUGUUAGAUCACAUUAUGCAGAAAUUCUUGCUGGUACCAAGGAAGGGCUUCCUACUGAUUUGGCCCAGCCUUUAAUUGUGGGGCAGCGUGUUAUUGCUAUUCAUCCGAGGACGAGAGAGAUUCAUGAUGGAAGUGUACUAACUGUUGACCAUUGUAGGUAUCGGGUUCAGUUUGACCAGCCUGAUCUUGGGGUUGAAUUUGUCAAGGAUAUUGACUGCAUGCCUUUUCAUCCAUUUGAAAACAUGCCUACAUCUCUGUUACAACACAAUGUUACUUCUGCUCAAAUACAUGAGAACCUUAACGAGGUCAAGCUUAAUGGGAAACUGAAACAAAGAAAGGUUGCCGAGCACACAAUAUUGUCCCCUAGUGACAACUCAGAUAGCAUAAAAAGUCUUUAUAUAUCCUCCACUAUGCCUGGAAGCAGUACUUUAUCUAAAAAGGGAUUUACUUCAAGCUCCAAAUUACAACCUAAAGUUGUGUGCGGUGAGAUUGGUAAUGCCCAACUAGCAUCAAGUUCUCAACCUUCCCUUCUUGAGCAUGUCCAUUCAAAAGAAGCUGACAUAUUAGCUAUUUCAGAGCUGGCUCGUGCUCUAGACAAGAAGGAAUUUGUAUUGUCUGAACUGAAGCACAUGAAUGAUGGGGUAUCAGAAAGCCAGAAAUACGGUGACAGCUCAGUGAAGGAUUCAGAACCUUUUAAGAGGAAUUAUGCUUCAGUACUAAAGCAAUUAACUGAAGCAAAUGAACAGGUUUCUUCUGCCUUGUUUUGCUUGAGGCAACGCAAUACAUAUCAAGCAAGCUCCUCAGUUAUGUCAUUAAAGCCCAUGGCCAAUUUUGAUGAUCCUGGUGGUCAGGCUAGUUCUUCCAAUUGUUCAGCUUGCCACAACCAAGAAUCUAUAUUUCAAAGUCAUAUUGCUGAAAUUGUUGAAAGUUCUAGAAGAAAAGCACGGACAAUGGUUGUUCAAGCUACACAGGCAAUGUCAAAUUUAAGUAAGGUUGAAAGAAUUGAGGAUGCAAUAAAUUUUAUGAAUAACCGGCUUUCAGUGGAUGACCCUACUGCAUCAGCCACCACUCUUCUACCUGCAGAUUCUCUCACUAUGACUUCUCAGGAUCAAUUGACUGCCAGCACAUUAAAUCCCUUGGCAAGUUGUCAAGUACAAGAUGCUGAACUUAACAGUUCAUCUGAUCCAAAUGAAAUGAAAAUUCCCUCAGAACUCAUAUCUCAUUGUCUAGCCACACUGCUCAUGAUUCAGAAGUGUACCGAACGACAAUUUCCCCCAGCUGAUGUUGCUCAGGUACUAGAUUCUGCAGUCACCAGUUUGCAGCCACUAUGUUCAAAGAAUCUUCCAAUAUAUGGUGAGAUACAGAAAUGCAUGGGUAUCAUAAGAAAUCAGAUUUUGGCACUCAUACCUACCUAGCUUGGACAACUUCCUAUGGAGGCUCGUAAGACAUACCUCCUUUGUUGUUUGUAAAUCUGCAAUACUCAGGUGUUAGUCUGGUUCAUCUCAUGGUGACAAUGAUUAUUCCUAUGGAGGCUCGUAAGACAUACCUGCCUCCACUAGGACCCAGAUAUCCAUAUUAACAUUUGGAGGGGAAAAGACUAUUUAUAAACUGUUUAUACAAGUGCAGACGGAAGAAAAGGGAAGAUUAUUUAUAUACAUCUCAUACUCCUUUCUGAUGUACAUAUUUUAAAAUAUCAAAUCAUAGUGAGGGACUAGAUUGUAACAAGUUCAAUUCAGCACCAGUACUUUGUGUAUGAUGUCUGCAUGUUGAAUGCCGUAAACUUUAUGUAUGCUAUUGCUAAAUGUGAACAGGCUGAUUAGUAUAAGUUCCCAAAUUGUAAUUGUAAUCCUUUUCUUUUUUACACUGUCUUAAUGCCUUGACAUCCCAAAUUUGAAUCGAUAACAAUUCUUCAAGU